UCACGUUCCACGUUUCGUAUUUGCGUGUUGUGUACUUCCCCACUUCUACCACCUGUGUAACUACGAUUUUAGCAUGUCACAGAAGCCGUUACUGGAGUAGAGCAGUCGUACGUAUCUCUCCAGUAAGCUUAAUCUUGAGUGUUUCGGCACUUUUUCGGUGUCGAACUGCAAGUUCACGCCAUGUCUGGACACGGCCACGGCCACGGCGGCGGACACGGCCACGGUUGCUGUGAAUGCGAUCACGAGCCCGCAGAGCGAGGUGUGGAAUAUGAGCUGUACAGACGCAUUGAUAUCGAGAAGCUUCAGUGUUUGAACGAGAGCCGAGACGGAGACGGUAAACUGGUCUUCAAGCCUUGGGAUCAACGCACUGACAGGGCGAAGUUUGUCGAGAGCGAUGCUGACGAGGAGCUUCUGUUCAAUAUACCGUUUACAGGUAGCGUGAAGCUGAAAGGGAUCAUUAUUUCUGGAGAAGAUGAUGAGUCACACCCAGCUGAAAUAAGACUGUGAGUUUGCACUCACUGCAGAAAAAACGAGACUUGCAGUGUCACAUAUGGAUGCAAUGCAAUAUAAACUGUAAUGCAGUUACAUGAAUGAAUAAGUGUUGCUACUGGGAACAGGAAUCUGCUUGCUGAGCUUGAGUAUCCAAGCAGUUUGUUUUAAUAAUGAUAACGGUGCAGCUGCUUUUUAUCAGCUGUUUGAUCAAAAACUCAGAUAUCACUCUCAGCUCUCAGAUCAAAAACCCCCGAAACAAACUCACCUGCAUCUUGGUUGGCCUGAGGGAGAGCUUCGUUUUUGGGUGAACUAUGCUCUUGCAUUUAUUUAAAUAUUUGCAUCCACAAUGCAUCCCAGCUAAAAUGAGAUUGUGAAUUGGCUUUCACUGUAU